AUGGGUCACGCAUCAUCUAAAAAAAAUGGAGAAUUUAAUAAAGAAAAUAAGAAAAAAUUCGAUAAAGAUCAUAAAAGAAUUAAUAAAAAUUUAACUAAAGAAUAUGAAAAAAAUAAAGAUUAUUUAACGAUCUCUGUAAUUGAUGUUCAUAGAUUUAUUGAAGGUCGAAGGUUUCAUAUUUCUAAAGAUCUUACUUAUACCUUCCCAAGUGAUAAUCAGGAAGCUUCACGAUUUAAUGAAUCUAUUAAACAUAUGAAGAGAUUGUUUAAUUCUAAUUAUUCAGCACCUGUUGAAAAAUUAUUAACUCAUGGAGCUAAAGUUCUUGAAAUUGGGACAGGUGGUGGAUUUUGGUUAGCAGACAUGUCAAAAACAUAUCCUAUGUCAACAUUUUUAGGUAUAGAUCUCUCUACUAUGUUUCAUCAAACAUUUGAUUACGUUUUCCAACAAUCAAUAUCUUCUUCAAAGUUCCGUAACAAUCAAUUUGACACUCAUCUGAGAGAAAUAUUUCGAGUAGUCAAGCCUGGAGGCUGGAUAGAGAUAUUCGGAUCUCCUACCGAACUUAUUAACGCCGGACCUGCUUCAAAGAAAUUUAUUAAAUCAAUACGUAACUGCUUCCAGUUUAAUGGACUCGAUCCUUAUCUUGUGUAUACUUAUCCUAACAAGUUAAGAUCCUUAAAUAUUAAAAACGUUCAAGUGGCUGAAAUGCAAUAUUACCUUUCAAAUCAUAAUAAAUCAUUGGAAAAUCAGGAAUCAAGGCUUCUACUUUCAACAGCAGAAUCUUUAAGAGUAAUGUUAAAGAUGGUAGAGGGGUAUACAGAAGAAGAAUAUGAUGCAAUAUUAAGAGACAUGGCAAUAGAACUGGAAACUUUGAAUAUGUCUAUGAAGU